UGAAGACAAAGAGACCCUGCCGGCACCUGGCUCCCAAAAAAGUAAAAGGUCUAAGACCCCCUGAGACCCUGGACAAUGACACCCCGAUUAAGUACCUCUGCGAAGCCUAAGCUCAUAAAUCUGUACUGGCUAGGAGAAGCUUCAUGGACUGAAUUUCCACUCGUGGUUGCCAACUGCCACCCCCCGCCCUGGCUGCUGUGCACUUUUUAAAAAACAGGGCAGGUAUUUUGACCCAGGGAACAGCAUAGUGGACACACCUGAAGCUUUGAUGUUGCUGAAGCUGAACAGUGUUCAAGGUGGCUGGAGGCAAUGACAACAGAACAACAACAACAAAAGCCAGAGUUCAUGCUGUAAGACAAUGAAAUACAGUGUGAGAAUUAAGAGAAGCAAGAAAAACAAUUAGAAAUGAACAUGAAUGUUUCAUCUGAACACGCUGUGGACCACUGUUUCUAGAUUGCUGGAAGAGUCAGGCCAAAGGGGGCUCAUCUAGUCCAGCGUCCUGUUCUUACAGUGGUCGAAUGACUCUAAGAACCUUGGAAUCGAGAUAGACUGCCUCUGGACCUGGAGGUUCCUCAAGAACAUCAGAAGAGCCUUGCAGCAGCUGGAUCAGGCUCCAGGGGGCCCAUCUAGUCCAGCGUCCUGUUCUCACAGUGGCCAGCCGGAUGCCUCAAAGAGAACCCUGGAAGCAGGAUCAGAACGCAGCCCCCCCCAAAGAUCUGCAGCUGGCCACGCACUCUGUCCUGGGAAAGAGGCUGCAAGAGCAACAGCAGACUUGGAUAGGAGCCUCCUGCCUGCUGUCCGUCCCUCCCUGGAAAACGUAGAGAGAGAGAGAGAGAGAGAGAAGGACCAGCAAAUAUCGUUUUUUUAAAGGGGCCGCCAGAUCUACACCAGGAGAACUUCUGUCUGCUUUCGUGUGUUUAUCACUCCCCAGCAUCACCGAUCAUCUAUAUCCACAUUUAAAAGACCCGUCCUUUUGAGAGUCAAGACUUUGCCUGCCUUUGCUGUCUUUCCAUCCCCAGAUCAGUAACUCCAAACCAAGGGAGGAGGAAAGGGAACUGAAAAGGAUUUGAAACAGGGGAGGGAGUAUUCCCCCAGAAAGAGGGCUUCACUGCAGAGCAGAUGGUGAGGCUGCAAGAGAGGUCCCGUCUUCCAAACUGACAGCAUGGAUCAGAAAGCGAUGCGGGUGGCAAACCAAGGCUCGAUUGGCGGGCUUUCCUUGGCCGCCUUCUCCUUGACUCUCUCCGUGAUGAUGGCGGUCCUCUGCCAAGCCAUUGAAAAGGUCCCCCAAAGGAUGCCGCGUCAGGCUUCUGAGGAUGAAGGACCUGGGAGCAGAAUGCCAGGAGUCUGGAGCGUUUGGGGCUCGUGGUCAGGCUGUUCCCAGCCUUGUGGCCUUGGAGUCUUAGAAAGGACUCGGAUGUGCCAGUCUCCGUACCAACGAGUCCCCUGGGCCGGCAGGCCAGAGUUGGCUCCGCAGCCCAUUUAUCCUCAACAGCCCCCUUACCAAGAGGAGAGGGCCAACAACCCGUAUCCGGUCCGGCCAUCGUACCCGCUUCACACCGAGAGGAACGUCAGGCCCGCCCUGUCAUUCCGUGGGAGCAGUUCCAUGCUGCCGCUCCACAGCCAGGGCCGGCCACCUCAUGCCCCUUACAGCCCCCAGAACCGCUACACCCGCCACGAGGCCUUCCCCGCUGAGGAGUUACCUUCGGUGCAGUCAAGGGAUGUCGUCGCUCCCCACUCCAACCGCCGGAGGGACUCUGCCCCCUUCCGUGAUGCUGCUCACUUGCCAAGGCCUCGGGAAAACCAGGAUCCCCCCAGCCGCGCUGUGUCUCAAAGGCUGCCACAUGGGGUGAACAACGGGCCCUUCAGACAUGCCGAUUCUGCCCAGCCUCCUACCCGAGACUCCAUCCCUUUGUUUAAGCCUUUGAGGCGCGGUGGACAUGAGGCAGGAUUGAGCCCCAACAGGCACCGCCAUAGAAGCCAAGCAGACAGUGGCCGCCACAGCUGGGCCGCAUCUCUGGUGCCAGAGUCCCAGGCGGCCCAGAGGUCUUUGGUUCGAGAGGCGAUCAAGCCAGGCAAGUACGGCUACGGGAAAGUGCCAUUCGCCUUGCCCCUCCACAAAGAUGCGGCCGAGGGGGCCACGGCUCGCUUUAAGAGGCACCACGGGGACAGAGCCGGCGAGCCCCCUCCCCCGCCACCCCCUCCUCCUCUCCCUUUUUCAAAGAAGCAGAAACGCAAAGCCAUCCACUCUUCCUCCCGUGAGGAGGAUGCCAGAGCGGAGAAGGAGGCACCAACCGCCAGCACUGACCCCAGGACCCCCCGCGAGCCGAAACAGUCUCUGCUAGCAGAUGCCGCUGCUCAACCCCCUGUGCAAGUUACUGAAGAGAAAUCCUCAGGGGAAGCGGAGCGUCGUGGAAAGCCGGCGACAGCCUCUCCAGAGUCACACGGCGAUGCUAACCAGCCGGGCCAUUCAACGGCACCUGCAGGGGACCAGCAGCAGCACCCCCCCCCCGAAUCUUCUGCAGUGCCACGCGCGAUGCCUGAAGAGGAUCUCCAGCCUGAGAGUUCAACGGGCAGCUCAAUCCCCACUGAGGAUGAGGGAGAAGAAGAAAGCAACCCCACAGCAACUGUGAUGCCUUCCCGUUCUCAGCUGCCCUCACUGGCGGGCAACCCCUCUCCUCAGGCCCAGGGGGACAUGCCCUUGACCCACCAGGUCUUGAGGAACCACAGCUCCGCUCCCAAACGUAAAGGCCCCGAGACGGAAAAGGGCCACCAAGCCACGCCAGAGCUGCCUCGUCGCUCGGAGAUCAGCUCUGUAGCACAGACAGAGAGAGCGGGACACCCUCCGCAUGGGCAUGCCCGAUCCCGGAACCAGAGACAGAACGAGCACCAGGCGGCUGGCCUUGGCAGACGGCUGUCCCACAGCCUCUUUGUGGACCAACCCAUUGCUCCUCGUCCUGCAGAGCCAGACAUUCGGUUGGUGCACCGUGGCAACCCUGUUCAGUUCCACGCCAGGGGGCAAAGGCUGCCGGCAGGGGGGCGACCAGGGGGCGAUGUCCCGCAGUGGAAUCUCUACUAUCCCGGCACGGAAACCUUCCACUGUGAAGGGGAAAGCAAGCAGUUCAAGGCCUGCAGGCAACAGCCGUGCCCGCCUGAUCGCCCAGAUGCUCGAGCCGUCCAGUGCUCCGCCUACAAUAGCCAGGAAUUCAUGGGCCGCCUGUACCAAUGGGAGCCCUUCACCGACGUGCGGGGCUCCCAGCGCUGCGAGCUGAACUGCCGCCCCAUUGGCUACCGCUUCUACGUACGCCACACAGAGAAAGUGCACGAUGGUACCCCGUGCGAGGCGUCCUCCCUGGACAUCUGCGUAGCUGGGCAGUGCCUGACCCCUGGAUGCGACGGGAUCCUGGGUUCGAAUCGUACUUUGGACAGCUGCGGAGUGUGCGGAGGGGACCAUACCACGUGCAAGCUGGUGGUGGGCAAUUUCAGUGACACGGAUGUAGCCAUCGGAUACCACCGCAUCCUGGAGAUCCCGGCAGGAGCCACCCGCAUCCAGGUUAAGGAGAUAACCCGCAGCCCCAACUACCUCGCUCUUCGGAGCCACAGCGGCAAAUCCAUCAUCAACGGAAAUUGGGCGGUGAACCCACCAGGUAGCUACGAGGCGGCCGGCACUGUCUUCGUGUACAGCCGGCCAGGAAGCGACAGGCGGGAGGGCGAGUCGCUGAUGGCGGAGGGACCCACCACAGAACCUAUAGAUGUGUAUAUGAUCUUCCAGCAAGACAAUCCUGGUGUCUCUUACCAGUUCUUCCUGGCCUCGGCCCAGCCGGAGAGCCCCAAUCCUGACCUCCGUAGGCCUCGGCAGGACUUUGGUGCCUUGACCAUGGUUCCCCCCAGCAACCAGAUGGAGCCCCCCGCCGGCCACCUCCGGCCAAGGCCGGCGGACACACGGAAUCUCAUCCCGCCUCGCUUCCCGGUCUUGUCCAACCAAUCGGGGAGGAGCCAUGCCAUGGCUCCGGUGCCUCCCAUCUCAGCCAGCCAAUCGGGAAGGAGACCCGGGAUCCUGCAACGGAAUGUCCGCGUCCCACCCUUGCCACCCCCACCCCAGUACAGUGCUGAAAAUCCGCACGACUUCUACUGGAGACGGAUCGGCAACACGGACUGCUCGGCCACCUGUGGGAAGGGAUUCUGGCAGUCGGUCUACCGCUGCGUCUCUCGUGCCUCCCAAGAAGAGGUGGGGGAAGAGAAGUGCCACCUCUUUCCCAAGCCCAUCGUGUCAGAAGAGGCAUGCAACACUGAGCCCUGCCCAGCCUACUGGGACACAGGCGAAUGGUCAGCCUGCAGCAAAUCGUGCGGCCUGGGCACCCAACAUCGCCAGGUCUUGUGCCGGCAGAUCUACGCCAACCGCACCACCAUGGUGCACCCUCAGCACUGUGGGCAGCUGGAGAAGCCCAACGGCACCCAGGCCUGCCAGGUGCAGAUGUGCAGCCAUUGGGAGGUCCGCACCAACUGGAGCUCAUGCUCUGUUCUGUGUGGCACAGGACAUCGAACGCGCCACGUUCGCUGCAUCAGUAACCACGGCGACUUGCUGCGCGAUAGCGACUGCCCAGGAAACCAUCGGCCGAAGACCAGCGAAGCGUGCGACAUGGGGCCUUGCGUGCGCACCUGGUUUUACAGCGACUGGAGUAACACGUGCUCAGCAGAGUGUGGAACAGGGAUCCAGAGGCGGUCGGUGGUCUGUCUAUCCAGCAAUGCCAACGGGCAAGAGGAAGAGAAUUGCGCAGGCACCAAGCCAGCUGACAUGAGAGCAUGUAACGGCGGCCCAUGCCAGCGGGUGACCCAGUGGUACAGGGGGCCUUGGAGCCCGUGCUCAUCGGACUGUGGCACCGGCACCCAGCGGCGUGAUAUCAUCUGUGUCAGCAAACUGGGCACAGAGUUCAAUGUGACGGAGGCUUCUGAAUGCAUCCAUCUGGAGAAGCCGCCCACCCUCCAGUCCUGUGUUAGCAGCUUCUGUGAGGCUCACUGGUUCUCCACGGCCUGGAGCAUGUGCUCCAAGUCCUGUGUGGGAGGUGUCCAGGUGCGGGAGGUCCAAUGCCUGACCCAGAACAAAACCCUGAGCAGCCUCUGCCCGCCAGAUCUCAAGCCAAUCAAGAAACGCCCCUGCAACAUCCAGCCCUGUCUUCCAGACCUCGAUGAGAACUGCAGGGACAAAUAUCACAAUUGCCCGGUAAUCGUGCAGGCUCGUCUUUGCGUCUACUCGUACUACAAGGCUGUUUGUUGCGCCUCGUGCACGCACGCCUUGGAGAGGCGCCAUGCCGGACCAAGCCGGUAGCGUCAGCAGACCAGUUGGGAUCCCGGACUCACACCUUUACUUGAACUGGGGACACAUUGAAAGCAUUCAUGGACUAAAGGAGCUUUGGUCAUCCACAAAUGCCCCUCUCCACGGGAAAGGGAUCGUGGCAGAGACACUACCAUGACUGAGAGGACUGAAAGGGAUUCGAACUCGGGACUAAGAGAGAGAUUCCCAUCAGUGCCCUGUCCUGUUUCUGGAAAGAACAUCCUGUACUGUUCUCAAUAUUUCUGGGGGAGGCUUCAACACCCCUUUUUUUAAUGACCAAGGCUGAGCUAUAGGCUCAUCAUACUCACACAGUGUUUAUAGACUGUGUCCCCUUUCACGGUGGCAAGGAAGUGGGGAGACGACUUGGCAAUUUGUAGCACCACGCACAAAGUUCCGGCAAAGAAUGAGACCCACAGGUGACUUUAUAAAGUUGUUGAUCUUAGCUAUGCAAAGAAGACUUAACGGACCCCAAAAGAUAUGGGGCUUUCAUGCCCAGUCAUGGAGCAGCCUCCUCCCUCCCUCGCUCCCUGAAGGCACAACAAACCUUUGGUCCCCUACCACUUCCAUACAACCCCCCCCCGCCGGUCCUGUCCCGUUCCUGAGACUCUUGUUCAAGUUACAACUGGCUGGAAUGAGGCAAACUCUUUGCACCCCACUGGCUUGGUGCUGGCGGGGCAUUUGAUCAGAGCAAGGGUGGAUUAUCUGGCUUUGCAAUUGUUGGAUCCGAUUCUUCGUGGAAGCCGUUUGUGGGUGUGCAGUACCACAUAUGGGGGGACGCCGUUGGGGUGGCUUCGUCCCCUGAGAUCUGUGAACCUGUUUCGUGAGCCGUGCUAAAGUGGCAACGCCUGUGAGGGGAGGGUACUCUCGAUCUGUUUCGCACCGCACCUGCCCACCCGGCACUAAACCUUACCAGCUGCAGCAACAGGGCUGGGGGAUAGACUAGAGUCCAAGGCCCCUGCAGUCCCACUCCCCCCCUUCCAGAGGAGGGCAGCACUGAGUCUGAAGCCUGGCAGCCACAUUGGCUUGGCUUUGAUUUGCAGAUGUGCGGAGGCGGGGUGGAAAAACACAUUUUAAAAAAUGUGCUGGUGCUAUGUGGACUGUAGGGAAGGCUGAAUGGCUAGGGGUGGAGCAAGGUUGCUGGAUUUCCACCCACCACUGGACUGGGGAGCUGUAAAUCCCACGAUAUCCAGAGAGGCACAGAUGCAAUAAGGUUGCAAAGCGUUCUGGGAGUGUUCUAGGUGUGCACCUGAUCUCACCAUCGUCCCCCGGCUGACCUAGAACACGCUAUACAUUGCAGGAGGGUAAUUUGACAGUGACCAGCAAACUGUCCAGAGGAAGGUUUCUUGAUCUUCCUCGGUUGCUCUUGCAGAAACUCCAUGGUUUGGAAAAAUACUUCUCUAGAAAGACCCAUCAGGCUGGGCCUUUGCAAGCCAGCUUCCUGCUCUAGUUUGGUUUUCCGUGUAAUUCGUGAGGUUGCCCACUUUUUAAAUAGCCCCUGUUCUUGGGUCUUUAACAGCAACAUGAUUGUGCUCAUCUCCAUGCCUAGAGAAGCUUCAGUAGCUGGAUUUUGACUUUAUUUUUCCACAUCAAACUGCCCUUAAAGGCACAAGAGUAAUGAUGUUUGCUAAAGCUGGCAACCUUAGCGCUGCUAGAGGGUUCUCAGAGGUUUCUUUCCUGUUUCUUAGCCCUGGCAGUGUUGCCAACUGACCAGAAAACCCAGCUUGGCCUGCUCUUGUGAUUUUAUAACAGGAGCUUCACUGGCAGAAAUUUGGAAGUAAAGCUCCUGUUAUGGCAUGGAGAUAAAACACAGCAGUUUGCUAAUGUCUGCAGAUGAGGUGACUGUCAAAGGCACAAGCGCCAGCCCCAGUAAAAUGGUUGGCAACCUUAAUCUUUAGAAAUAGGAAUAUAUUGUCUCUCUCUCUGCAUGUCAAAUGCACGUCUUUGUGUGUGUGUCCCAACAUCUUGUUGGACCAAGAGAGAGUGGAGAUAAUUUUCUGUCACUGUUGUGAAGGGUUGCCAACUUUUUUUCAGGGCUGGGCUCCUGCAUUGUUAACAGUAAAUCCAGUAGGAGUAGCCUUUGCCCUGCCCAUGCCUGGGAGAUGCUCAGUGUGUUGAAUUCCUGCCUGUCAAGAGCCGUUGCUCAAGAGCCCUCAAAGACACAAAACGUUUGGAGAGUGCCCAGUAAUGACAUUUAUUCUGAAGUUGUGGAGCCUUCUAGAAGCGGGUGGGAUGGGGAGAAAGGUUGGUGGGAAUUAUCAACAAGAUCCUGCAUUUAAUAUUUGGACGGUUGUGGGGGCAGGGGAGGACGUGCUUUCAGGCUGAUGGAUUCUUUUAAUCACAUAGUUAAUACUUUGUGUUGGAUUUGCCACCCAAAUCUCCUCUUAGGCCUUUAUGAUUUCUCAAGACUAACAUUGCCACCUUUAGUCUUUUGCCAGGGCUCCAGCAGAAAUGCAACAAGCGGAGAGGCUCUUCUCCUUCACUCUACCUUGCUGCAACAGCAGACGUGUAGCAAUGGGGCAAGGUGGGUGGAGAAGGUCCACCUGAUGGAUUUCAACUUCCUAUGCAACCAUUUAAUAAAGACACAUGAGCCUUUCUGGAAGAAAAAGGUGGCAACCUCCUGUCUUUUCGUAGGCCAGAAUGGGCCAAAAUUGUGUCAGUCAAGUUGCUAAGCACCAGCUGCAGGGGAGGAUACUGGCCAUUCCCAAUGGUGAGGGCGCUCUUGUGCAUUUUAGAACUUCAGGUGGAAGAAACAUCCUACCUGGUGUGGUUUCACUUGCAGCCCUGGGGGAGGAGGGGUGGGGAAACUGCACCUGUUGGAAUUCUUUCUUCUACAGCACUUGUAACGGCGCAGGAAGAACCCUCUUAGAGUCAGGACUUGGAAUCUCAUGGAAUGGCAAAAGCACGGCAAGAAACGGAAUUGUUUUUUUAAAAAGCAUUUAUUCUAAAGACAUUUUAUAGAAAUGGCUGAGUGCUCAGAUUAUAUAAAUAUAUAUAAAUAUAUAUAUAUUAUAUAAAUCUUUAUGAUAAAGCGGAAUGUACCUAGGUUUGUUUUGUUCAGUCCAAACCUUUUUUUUUUU